AUGAAUCUUAAAAAAUAUAACUAUCAAAGAUACCUAUUAUUUUUCGGUAGGUGCCUGUUAUUAUUAUCACUGCAAACGAUUGCGCCGCUCGCGAGCCGUCUCUCGUCGGCGGCGGGAAGUCGUCGCGCGUCGGUGUCCGAGGACACGGUGGUGGUCCAAGCGUCUGCGUCUUCGGGAGUCUCGUCCGGGGGCAGCUCCGGUGAUGAGGCACCGCCUCCGCCGCCGCCCCCUCCGCCUCCCGUCGUGCUGGAGGAACCGGCCUUGAAGCCUUCAGAGUUGAGGAACAGACUCGGGGGGAGGCGCGACUCGACGUGCGCAGACGACGAGAGACCGCGCUGCCCGAACCUCGUGAACAAGCAGCCGGCGCUUCCGUUCGUGCCGCCCGCGUUCCCGCACAACGCGCCCGACCGCCUCAUCAAACCCUCGGAGUAUCUAAAGACAAUCACGGCGCCCUGCAAGAGGGACGAGGGCGCGGCGGAGGCCCGGCCUCCACCGCCGCCCCCCGCGCCGGAGCCCAUUCCUCCGCCGCCCCCGCAGCCGCCCUCUACCCGCCAACCCCUGGCGGCUAUCAGCAGCGCCGAACUGACGGCCGUCCGGCUCAAGACCACCGUCACGAAGACCUUGUCCGCUCCGCCGACGCGUUCCGUCAGCCUGCAGUGCCUGCCGAGUGCGGCCGAAAUUUACAAAAACGCGAAAACGGACUUGAUCGAAGAGUUGAAGAUGUCCAAGGACAUCACCGGGAUCAAGAAGAUGAAGGUGGAGCGCGCGAGGCGGGAGAGCUUGCAGGACAAAGAGACCUUCACGGAGUUCACGAAGCGCUUCACGGCGGACAACUUUGUCGAUCAGGGUUGCCUACAGAUCCCUGAACGCGACGCGGCUGGCAACGUGAUCCCGUCGUGGAAGCGGCAAAUGCUGGCGAGGCGAGCAGCAGAAAAGGCACGAAGGGACCUGGAGAAAGAGUUGGCGGGGGAGGCGGAGAGGAGGAGGGCUGCGGCAGUACCCGCUUGGAAGAGACAGUUGCUAGCGCGAAGAGAAGAAGCCGAAAACAGGUUGAGACAAUCCUUGUACACUCCCAAAGUAGAGGACACAAAUGGCCAUUCGAACGGCGAGUGGCGUCCAUACCCUGGCGGAGGUCGCGCCGUGUCCAUCGAUAAUAUUACCCUCUGCUACGAUGCGCCUGCGCAGCCGACGCGAGCACCCUCCGAGAUGAAACUCUCUAGUGAACAUUGUAAUGGGCACGCACCGAUGAACGGCAAACGCGACCAAGAGGAUGAGGAGCCGACGAAAAUUAUUCCCUGGAGAGCGCAGCUGCGCAAAACGAACAGCAAACUCAACUUACUCGAAUAG